UCAAGUUCCGUUCCUACUUCCGCUCCGUCCUUUCCUUUCCUGUGAGGCGCGAGCCGCGUGAGGUUGGGAGCGAGGGUGACGGACUUCUCGUUUUCAUCUUGUAGACAGCUCUACUGCCAAGAUGGUCAACGUACCUAAAACACGAAGGACUUUCUGUAAGAAGUGUGGCAAGCAUCAGCCUCACAAAGUGACCCAGUAUAAGAAGGGCAAGGAUUCCCUGUAUGCCCAAGGAAAGAGGCGCUACGAUCGCAAGCAGAGUGGCUACGGAGGGCAGACAAAACCCAUCUUCCGGAAGAAGGCUAAAACGACAAAGAAGAUCGUGCUGAGGCUUGAGUGUGUGGAGCCGAACUGCAGAUCGAAGAGGAUGCUGGCCAUUAAGAGAUGCAAGCAUUUUGAACUGGGAGGGGACAAGAAGAGAAAGGGCCAAGUGAUCCAGUUCUAAACUUUGUGGCAAACAUGUUGAAGCUGUCGGAAGAUUACCUGUAGGAAAAUAAAUGCAGUAGUAACCAUA